ACUCCUGCUUUCAAAUAAAUUUCACAACAUAUCCAUACUCAUAUGUUCUACCCUUUCUUUAGCAGUUGCAAAGGCAGAAUUGGAUUCUAGAUUUCAUUAGGGUUUGAUUUGGCCAUGGAAAGCUAUCAAGUAGCGAAGAGGACUUCCCUGGCUGAAAUGCUUGAUCAAAGCUCUUGCGCUGUCUGUCAGUCUAUCAUAGGAAAAUCAUAUGGUCAUCCACAGUUAGGAACUUCCACUGUUAAGAUCAAAGAGUCUCAGUUUACAGUUUGUUCUCCCAAUCAAAAGCAGCUGUGGGAUGAUCAAAACCAACAAACCAGGAGUACUCACUGCCAUGUAAAAGGUAAGGAAGAAAGCGAAGUAGUAACCUAUCUCAACCUGCAAAGUCAUGGGAAGCACAGUCCAGAUCACUGCUUCUUAAGCUCUUCUGUAUACUAUGGAGGACCUGAUGAGCUUUAUCACAUUCUCCAGGGAAGAAAUGAAGCUCAAGAUGAUGUUAAGAUGGCAGUAAAGCAGCUAGAACAAGCCACGGACCCAUUUCAGCAUGAAUACUCAACAAGAGGGAAUUGGUGGGAAGGUUCUCUUUAUUAUUAAAGCUGGGAUCGUAGAAAUCAACUUAGUAUUUGAUUUACUUGGAGAACGAUGGGAUGCAAUCAUGUCAUAGCUAAGGUAUUCAAGGGUUCUCUAAAGUCGCAAUGAUGGAUGGCCUGAUUUUGGUGGAAAAUAUGGGAGCCAUCUAAUUCAUUGUAUUUUGGGUGCCACAUAUGAAAAAUAGUAGGUUAAUAUGUGAAAAUAUGUAAAAUGUUUCUAUAUAGUUAUGGUGCAAUAUACGUGUUUUAUUUGAA